AUGAGAGAUAAAUAUAAUUCUAAACCGUUAUGUUCAUCAUAUUUUGUUGAACCUUUAGAUUGGAUAUUUUCAGAAGAUAAUCAAAAUGAUAAAGAAGAAAAUGAUAAAGAAGAAAAUGAAUUAGAUGGAAAGAUUAAAUGUCCAAAAUGUAAAGCAAAAUUAGGAAAUUAUAAUUGGGCAGGGAUGCAAUGUUCUUGCGGUACAUGGGUAACACCAUCAUUUGCUAUUCAUCGUGAAAAAGUCGAUGAAAUUUAUUAA